AUGGGAAGCGAUUUACAUUCUGAUAAGCAGGACAAGCUUUUGAAGCUUCAAGCACGAAAGAAAGAACUUGAACAGAUGCUAGCAGCUAAAAAUGAAGAACUCUACAAGUUAUGCGUGCAAGAAGUACAACUUACAGGUAUAAUGCCGCCUGAAGCGCCGUUGAGUCCGGAAGUGCCACAAAGAGAAAGAUUAGGUAGUAUACGAAGUGUUGACCGCUCAACAGACGGAGCGGACGUUCACGAUGGGUCAGACACAGCUUCUAGACGACUAAAAUCCAGUUGUCUUGAUAGGCACGAUGGUGAACCAAACUUACGUAAAAAUCUUUCGCACAGGCUGUCAACACCAUCAAUAUCUGGAAUGUCUGCAAAAAGUGCCCAAUCUAGACAAAUGCGACGUCCAGAAACUAGCUGCUCUAACUUCUUUCCGUCUCCACCGCAGGAACGUAAUGCUGAAACCUUUUCAAUACACACUUCUCACACAUAUCCUGCCUUAGCUAAGCCUAAUGAAAAUAUUCAUACUGAACUGCAGCAUGGCCCUGUGUAUCGUCACCAUAACAUGGCCACCGAAUACACAAAUAAAAUCUAUUACAAUACCCAUGCAGAGCCACAUAAUGUUUCUCGGUUAAGAGAAACACAUUUUAGUUCGAGUCAUCCAGAUAUUACAACACAUUACACACAUGGCUCUAUUGCACCUCAUCCUAUUCCUCAGAAUGGAAUGCGCAAUACUCCUCUUUUAUACCAAUAUGCAUCACAAUUAAAGGCGCAGAGUCAGCACCUUGGUCCAUUAAAUCAUCACCACCAGGUGCAAGCUCAGCCUAAAAGAAGAAAUGAAGGUGUUAGACGAAACACCUUACAAAGGACCCAGACUUAUCACCUUACAUCUCACAGUGAUUACAAUCAUCAUCUAGAAAACAUUACGGACGCUUAUAGACCUCCAAGUCAAGUGUACCAACACAGAUCUCAGCCAGAUAUUCAGGACCAGCCUAUGGACAGAAUCCAUGUGCCAAUGGAAAGAAAUAUACCAGUUCCUAAUACCCUGCCAUUGAGAGAGCGAAAUGUUAUCCGAAAUCCUCUACACUUACAGUUACAAGUGUCCACUGAAGACUAUUCUGAUGAACGUCGCCAUUAUACUGAUGCGUUAAGUCCAGUAAGUCAAAUGUCAGGUUAUUCCCAGAACUUUGAUUCAGUUAGUAUGAAUAAAUUUUCGCCACUUUCUCAGGACUCAAAGAAGGAAAAGCAAUGGUAUGAAACAUCGCUGGAUUCACCCACUAGGGAGGCUCCUACUCUUAAAAAGAGUGCAAGCUUAAAGAGGACACCCAGUCUAGGGAACUCACAGCCUUAUGAAAUUAUGAUUUCGUCUGGUAGACACACUGCUAUGCAAAGUCCUAAUCAUGUCCCAAACAGCCCUCCAGUUCUGUCUCCCAGCGCUAUAUCUUUGGAAUCCCCCAAAAAUAUGACUGUCAUUGAACAAGGGAAAUGUAUACCCUAUAGGGAAGAAACAAAACCUUUCGAGAUGUCCGACUUUUAUAAAUAUUCUACAAAGUUCCGUCAGUCGAGUGUGCAAAAGCCACCUCCACCACAGCCAGUACAAAACAUGAACAAUGUUUACAACAAGUUGCCCAAGGAGUUGCCGCAAUAUAGUCAAGAACAUUGGCACGGAAGUAGUAACUAA